AUGGGUGUUUAUGGUCUCUGGACACUGUUGAGUCCAGUACAGGAACACAUUCCUCUCCGUAGUCUUGGAGGUAAAAAAAUAGCUGUCGAUCUCAGUGGAUGGACUUGCUGUGAUAUGUUUGUAAACCAGCGUGCACGAACCAGCUGUAAGCUGUAUAUUCGGAAUCUCAUAUUUCGCCUAAUUGCACUGCUUCGCGAGGCAAUUAUUCCUGUCGCUGUAACAGAUGGUACGGCACCGGGUCUCAAAGCAUCUGUGUUGCGGGAUCGUCGCCAGGCCUCUAGGUUUACAAAUACACAAGAAACUGCAAAACCCGUCAAUCUGAAGAGACCACAAUUUUAUAGGAUAUCUACCCAGUGUUUUCGGUUGUUAAAAGCUCUUGGAGUCCCCUGCGUCGCAAGUCCCGGUGAGGCUGAAGCUAUGUGCGCAUUCCUUAAUUCCGAGGGGCUGGUCGAUGGUUGUGUGACGAAUGAUGGUGAUGCUUUCCUCUACGGCGCCUCAUUGGUUUAUCGACACUUCUCCUUAAAUUCUCGGGACGCUUCGGUCGAGGCGUAUUGCGCAAAACGUGUGCACUCGGAGCUGGGUCUGUGUCGUCAAUCUCUGGUUUUCCUUGGUCUGAUUCUUGGUUGCGAUUAUUGGCCAUCCGGUGUGCCAAAGGUUGGCCCAACUGCCGUUGGUAAGCUUCUUUCCCAAGUGGACGUUGUCGAAGCCUUCGAACGCCUCACAGUGGAGCAUAAAGAAGAGACUGGACAUAAGGCAUCGGUAUGGAUGAGUCCCACUUGGAAGAAAAUCAAAGCAUGUUUGGCUGACUGUCCCGUAUCUGAGGUGCUUGUGCUAAAUGAAUUCCUAACCCCGUGGCACAAACGGGGUUGGCAGAUGCCCACCGCGGAGUCUCUCACUUGGUCCCAACCGAACAUCCGUUGCGCUGUUGAGCUUUGCAUCGAGUUUCUUGACUGGCAGCCGAGAUACGCUCUUGCACAAUUCGUUCCACUUUUAGCUAUAUGGAUCGUUCGAAUGAGAACAGCGUCGACCUGGGUAGAGCGGCCUCGUGAUCCUAUGCAGCCCCUUAGAAUUAUCCGAAAGCGUUCUGUCAACUAUCUUCCUUGUUUCGAAGUUGAAUGGAGUCGCCUAGACAAUGAUAUGUGGUCGAAAGGCAUCGCAACUUCCUCAUCUUUGGAGAAGUCAUUAGUCUCUUUGAAUGACUUCUUUACGGAAUCCGGUUACCGAAUUUCCUUACCUGUGGCCGAGUUCCGCGUUGCGUUCCCCCAUCUCGCAAUAAUGUUUGAGUCCUUGUCAUUGAAAUCGCUCAGUGCGAAAAUGAAUGCAGGGACAGUGAAAGAUAAAAGGGUGAAUACGAAGCUGAAGUGCAAACCUGCUGAUGAAGCAAAAAGUGGACCGAUAGAUGCCUUUGUUAAACAAGCACCUAAAAAAUCUACUAUUCGGAAUUUAUCCCCCUGGGAUUCAUUUACCGAAAGCCCGCCGCAUCUAAGCAGGCCCCCUGUAGACGCAGUGUUUACUCCGUCACCCCCCGCAGAUAAGCGCCUCAGCCAGUCAUUUGGCCAAUGUGACUUUAUCUCCGUCCGCCUUACCAGUGAAUUUGAGCGCCGCCUCACUCUAGAGUCCUCACUCUUGGCAUCUACUCCCACACAGUCACCCUCCAUUGCUGAGUUCGUCCAAUUCAAGACUCCCCCUCGCCUAAUCGACCGAUUGAAGUGA